AUGUGUAACAGGGGUCUAUGUCGACCUGGUUGCUACUGUCCAGAAGGACUCGUCAAUGAUUAUCAAGCAAACGGUAACCAAUGCAUCGAGUUUGCCGAGUGUCAAGAGACACCUACCUGUCCAGAGGGUAUGGUAUUUGAAGAAUGCGGAUCUGGAUGUGGUCCUUUCAGCUGUGACAGCCGUCCAAGAGAUAUAUGCCCCAAAAUAUGUCGCCCUGGUUGCUACUGUCCCGAAGGACUCGUCAAAGACCGGGACAAUGGCUAUCAAUGUCUUCAGCCGAGUUCCUGUUAUGAACUAAGUUCUUGUCCCCCGGGUAUGGUCUAUGAAGAAUGCGGUUCAGGAUGUGGUCCCUUCAGCUGUGAUAACCUGCCUCGAGAUAUAUGCCCACGAAUAUGCCGUCCAGGCUGCUACUGUCCCGAAGGCCUUGUCCUUGAUGAAGAUUACGGGCAUCGGUGCAUACCUAUUGAUCAGUGCCACGAUAACUGCCCUGAUGUCUUGAACUGUGGAAUGGACCCAUGCGUUAACUCCGAAUGUUUUGCAUAUCCCCUUGCUGAAUGUAGGCCAAACUAUUGUGGAGGAUGCUACGCCGAUUUUUACGUUGAUGGCGUCUUGGUGAACUGUUCUGCAUGCCCCGAGGGUAUGACGUUUGAGGAGUGUGGAUCGGGAUGUGGCCCUCCCAGUUGUGACAACCCUCCAAGAGAUAUAUGUCCAAGAAUAUGUCGACCUGGUUGCUACUGUCCAGAAGGACUCGUCAAGGAUUAUCCGUCAAACGGCAACCAAUGCAUCGAGCCUGCUGCGUGCCAAGAGCCAUCUUCCUGUCCAGAGGGUAUGAUCUAUGAAGAAUGCGGAUCUGGAUGUGGCCCUUUCAGCUGCGAUAACCCUCCGAUAAGGGGAGAUUGUCCACAAAUAUGUAACCCUGGUUGUUACUGUCCAGAAGGACUCGUCAAGGAUCGGGACAAUGGCUAUCAAUGUCUUCCGCCGAGUGUUUGUUAUGAACCAAGUUCUUGUCCACCGGGUCUGGUCUAUGAGGAAUGCGGUUCAGGAUGUCGUCCAUUCAGUUGUGAUAACCUGCCUCGAGAUAUAUGCCCACGAAUAUGCCGUCCAGGCUGCUACUGUCCCGAAGGCCUUGUCCUUGAUCAAGAUUAUGGGGAUCGGUGCAUCCCUGUCGAUCAGUGCGACGGUAUGUAG